GGAGAGCUGAUUAAUGGAAAAGAGGGAGGCGGGAUGAGUAGGCGGUGGAGGGGAGCAGAGCCACAUGGGAGUCUCGUUCCAACGCUGCCACGUGGCGGACAAUCGAGCAGCAGAAGCAACGGCAUUUCGGCGGGCAAUGACACCCGAGAGAUCGAGAUCGGGAUCGGGAUGCAAUCUUCUCCCUCCUCUUCCUCUUCCUCCUCCUCCUACUCCUCUUCCCAUUCUGUCAAGGUCGGAUCGGGAUCGAGAUCGGGAUCGGGAUCCGACCAUGGAUCACGGAGGUCGUCAUCGUUGGAUGCAGUUUUCAAUCAACAGAGAGAAUACGAGAGGGAGGAGAAAGAGGAAAGAGAGGAGGCGGAAAAGGGAGAAGAGGGAGGAGAGGGAGGAGGAGGAGAACGAAACGCGCGAAGCAAUGAUGAGACAGGUAAAGAAUAUGGAAAAGAAAGAGAGAAGAGAGGAGAGAGAGGAGGAAGAAGAGGAGAGAGAGGAGGGGGAACAAGAGAGAGAGGAGCAGGAGCAAUGGCAGAGGGAGGAGAAAGCAGAGGAGAGGGAGGAGAACGCAGAGGAGAGAGAGGAGAAACGCGUUAUGUAUCUUCGUCCUCGCAAGCUGGCUAUGGAAGCGAUGUUCGUGCGAAUCCCGCUGCUGACAUCCGUACAAAUUCCGUUGACGUCCGUGCAAAUUCAACGGAGGGAGGAGAGAGAGAAGACAAGGAGGGUGAUUGGACUGAUCGAAGCGGACGAAAGUCCGAUGUACACGUGGCAAGCACUCAGGUGCCUCCGUCGAAUACAUCUUUGAUAUCGGAUGACGACAACCACAAAGAUGACGAGACUUACACGGCAGCAGCGAAGGCCACGUGGCUCGUAACCGAUCAAGAUCGAUCUGACGGUGGACAGGAGGCGGCUCCUCCUCCUCCUCCUCCUCCUCCUCCUCCUUCUCGCCUAGAUUGGGUUUUGCAGAUGGAAGUCCAAGUGUUGGUGAAGCUUAACGAGAAGAUGAUCUUUGAACCAGACUCAUACGACAGGUUCUCCGAGGUGAUUGAGAGUGUACGAGGGGUGAUCCUUCAGUACAUCCCACUGUACAGUUAUCUGGUGUUCCUACCGGAUGAUGUGGCAGCAUUUGAAGCGUUGGAUGACGUGGAAUGGAUAGAGUGGAUUGGACCAUACACAGCAGAGUACAAGAUUGCUCCAGAGAUAGAUAUCCUCUUAAGGAAACUGAAUGAUGGCGCCGUAAACUCGUCAGAUCCAGCCUUUGAUCUUGUGGAGAUCAACAGGUUAGGAUGGCUUCGGUUGGAAAUUGCCACGCCUUUGGCAGAUAUGUCGACGUUGGGGUCCAGACUGGACCCCAGAGAUGGAACGGAGAUUGCUCAAGGAUUGGCUGGUCGAUGGGAGAGGGAGAUGAAUUUAACAAUCGCGGAGAAGACGGCAAUCCUGAUGACCUCGAGCGGGGAAAAGGGUGUCAAAGCCACAGAAAGUGGCCCGGCAGCGACUGGGCCCGUAACGCAUUCGUCACUAAAUGGAGUAGAGUGGCAGGUCCCAAGGGAGGAGGAGGAGAAAGAGGGGAUGGAGGAGAAAAAAGGGGAAGAAAGACUCGUUGCGACGGCUGCAUCCGCAAAUGGGGUAGAGCGGCAGGUUCCAACAGAGUUCAAAGAGGGAAUGGAGGAGGAAGAGUGGGGGAAAGGGGCCAUCACAAUGUCUCUAUCUGCCAAAGGAAUGGAGUGGGAGGUCCAAAGGGAGGAGAAAGAAGGGAUGGGGGAGAAAGAGGGGGGUGGAGUUAAUGUGGCUGCAUUAUCUCCCAAUGGAAUGGAGUGGCAGGUUCCCGGGGAGGACAAAGAGGGGAUGGAGGAGGAAGAGGGGGGAGAAGGAGUGAUCGUGACCGCUGUCUCUGGCAAUGGAAUCGUUAUCGAGGUGCCUCCAAGGUGGUUAGGAUGGGCAGUAGGUUGGCUCGCAAAUCAAAGUUGGGUUAAUUGGUUGGCGCCGAGGCCACGGGGGCAACUGACCAACAUGUAUGCCUCAGCCAUUGUACAGGACCCAGCGAAAGUGAUCCAGUUGGAUGCAGGAGCCGAUUUCAGUCCGGAUUACGGAGGAUCAAGGCCAUUUUGGGCAGCUGGAAUAUUGGGCAAGAACCAAGUUGGAGGUGUUGGAGAUACGGGUGUCGACUACGAUAGGUAAAGGCUACAGCGGUCUUCUAAGGGGGGGAAAAACCAUUGCCCCUUUCUUUUUCUCCUUUUGUAUUUUCGAGUUUAACUUUAAAACUACCAGUA